UAUUGGGAUUAAUCAAGGAAACCAUUGAGUUUCCAAUAAAUGAAAUAUUAAUAUGGACUUUUUUGAAUUUAUUUGUGUAUCUGUGAUUACAUUUGUAUGCGGUAUAAUAUGUACACUUGUGCUGGAGUUUUAUCUAUUCAAAAAGUAUUUGGAAGUAGCACCUUUAGCAAGCCCACCAAAAAAGUCAUUUCACCAUGGCAAGGCUCAAUUACCCGAGGAAUUACUUGAAAAAAUUCAGGAUGAAAAAAAGAAUUCCAAUAUAAGUAUAUUACGCCCAGGAAUGAGCCAAGGAAAUGAGAACUUGGCAAUAAAUUUAACUCUACAAUUUUUGUUCAAUGAACUUCGAAAUGCUGAGAGAGUAAGGCUUUGGUUGUAUAGAAAAUUAAAUAAUGAGUUUAAAGAAUUAUUAACUCAGUCUACUACUGCUAAAUUGUUAGACAGUGUACAGUUAAGGGACUUAAAUCUAGGUACACAGUUUCCCACAAUAAAAGGUUUGGAAGUUGCAGAUUCAAAAAUAGAUGCUGAUACAGGUUUACUGGAGUCAUUGGAUUUAUCUUUAGAUUUACAUUAUUCUGGGAAUUUUCAAUUAUCAAUAGAUGUUAAAAUGCUCUUAGGAAAAACUGCUUAUAUGGCUUUGCAAGUAAAACGUAUCAGUGGUAGAGCCAGAUUGCAAUUUACACGUGUUCCAUAUACUCAUUGGUCCUUAAGUUUUUAUUCAGAUCCUAUACUUGAAUUGGAAGUGCAAUCCCAAUUUCAAGGUCGUCAAUUACAACCACAGAUAAUUUCAUUGAUCACCGGACAAAUUCGAAGAGCUGUGCGUCGGAAGCAUACACUACCUCGCUAUAAAAUGCGCUAUAAACCAUUCUUCCGCAGACUGAACGAUGAAGCCGUAGAUUUAUCUGAAGUUGCCAACAUGCAAUUAACACCAGGUUACUUGGAAGUAUCACUGGUGGAAGUGAGUAGAUUAAAUCCUGGACCUAAUAUGCUUAAUGCAGAAGAUAAGUCACAAGUUGAAAUAUACUGUACAAUAAGCAUAGACUCAACACCUUGGGUAUAUCUGACUCAGUAUACUGGAAAUCCUUAUAUGGUGUUGGAUUUAAUUAUUAGUAAAGUCAGUUCUCAGCAACUUGGUGUAGUAUUUAAACACGAAUUUGUGCCAGAAAUAGGUCAUAUAUGCGUGCUAGUCGAAACGAUAAUAGUUGGAAGUCCUGCUGCAAUUGCGGAGAUGAAAAAAGGAGAUAUUUUAGUAGCAGUAGAUGGUAAAAAGGUCUCUAAUAUGAAUCAAGUAGCGAAAUUUGUAAAAAGUGCUGUGCAGAGACGUUUUAUUAUAAGGGUUGAAAGGAAGUAUUCCAAAGCAGACUUGGAGAAACAAGCUAAUAUCAAAUUGGACAGUGAAAGAAUAUCAGCAGAAAGAGGAGCAGAUAGAAAAACAAUGAAAACCGAUUCUGCAUCGAGUAAAGUGGAUACGCCCAGCGAAGAUGGUAGCAAAAUGAAGUUUGAAAGCCAAAUUAAAUUUUCAGACUUAAAAGAUUCGGAAAGUGAAAUUUCCGAAAAAUUAGAAAUGGGUAGUAAACUUUUUAGACGAAGAAAAAGCAGUGCACAUAUCGACGAAGCUGCACAAACACCAGAUUCUACACCGUCUAGAAAAAUUUCAACUACAUCGAAUCAAUCGAUAAUAUCGAGUAAUUCCCAAUUUUGCUUUAACGACGAUAACUAUGUAACAAAUAUAUCAGAUUUAUACUAUACUACGAAAGAAAAGGAAUAUGCAUCUUUGAUCUCUUUUGAGGAAACUAGGACUUUUCGAAUUGAUUCAGAACUUCAGUAUUUAAAUAUAGGGGUAUGGGGUCGUGUACGAGGAGGAGAGAUUCCUGCGAAAUUAUUAGGAUACAUAAAUGUGCCCAUGAAACUAAUUCUAGCACAAUGCUAUACAUCUUCAACUGGCCAUUACCUUAAAUGCCAUGCUUUAUUACCACCAGACAGUACUUCUUUAGCAACAGUUCAUCCAAAACUACAAGGCUAUUCAGGAUUUGAUCCAACACUUUGUUACGGUGACAUUUUAUUAUCUUACGUGUGGGAGUCGAGUUACCCGAAUUGUCACGCGGUUGGUGAUUCAGGAAAGAAAGAGAGUGCAGAAACUGUGAAGGCACAACCACCUUUGAGCGAAGAGAUUACUGAGAAAAAGAUGCACGAUUUUAUUAGAACUCAUUUUCAUCGUGCAACGCAUUGCGAUUUUUGUACAAAGAAGAUUUGGCUAAAGGACGCGGUACAGUGCAGAGAUUGUGGUAUGGUGUGUCAUAAGAAAUGCGAAGUACGUUGUCAAGCAUCGGGAACAUGUGGAGCCGAAAGUAUAACGACAUUGGCAAUAGAAGCUGACGAAAUAGAGCCUACUACUCUUAUUGGGGAAUCAAGUCCAGAAAUUUCUCUAACCAGUUGCGAAGAUAAUGUACAGGGUGCAACUAUGAUGGCCAUGAAGGCUAGUAUAGCUAACACUUUGUUGGGCCUGAAGAAGGCUGGAAGUACAAGUUGCUUGGCCCCACCGGCUUCCGGUACCGGUCUGGCAUCUAGAAGUCUUCCCCCAAGUCCCUGUGCAUCCCGCAAGAAUUCAUUGGUCGGAGGCUUGGGUAUUAGUCCUGAUCUGUUGGAGGGUGCUGAGCCUAGCGUGGCAGCACCUCUAGUAGCUGGAGAUUUGGACGAUGGUCUAAUGUCUAGGGCUAAAGAUACCGGCAAGUUUUUAUACAAAUAUUUGGAGCCACAGGAACGCGUUGAAAAAAUCAAUGCUAUGAUGGGGAAGUUGAAAACUGCUCUCGACGGGGAAACUACCUCAAGAUUAGAAUUAUCGCAGAGUGGAGAAAUGGAUAGUAUUAAGUUGAUCGCACAAAGCGAUUUGCGAGUGCAAGCAUUGAGUGUCUUACUUUUGCAUUAUUGUGCUGGCUUGCAGCACGCGCAAGAAGCGCUAGAUCGGUCUAAGAACAAGAAAGAGUCUUAA